AUGGUAAAGAUUCAAGAUGCAUCCGCGUCCUCUGGGCCGGGGACAGAUGAUACUGAUGCUGCUCUUAUUGAGGCAGCGAUGCGAGUUCCUGUUACUGUUAUGCUUGGCCCCAUGGGCACCCUCCUCCGGAAAUUCCAUUCGCUCAUGGCUCCCGGACAGAGUCUGGCGUCAGAUCUGCUCAGGGCGGAAGAAGUCUGUCUUCUCAGUGAUGGCCUCAAGGAUUUAUGCAUCUCCCUGAAGAAUAUGUCUGAAGACGACGACCCUAGCUUCAUGGCCCAGUGGUGGAUGAAGAUAGUUCGUGAACUUUGCUAUGACACGGAAGAUCACCUGGACGAGGUCUGUUGCGCCCGGACCCAUCAUGAUUUUUCAGAAUUUCUUGCUCGUGCGGAAGAUGCGUGUGAAAGCCGCAAAUGUUUCGACUGGUCUCCUCCCAAGACUAUCAAACCAGCUGAACAGGGGGGAGCCGGUGUCAGCCGCCGCACCUCCCCCGAGCUGCAGGUUCUCCUCCCUGUCCAUGUGGAGCCGCCAAACAAUCUUGUCGAGCUGCUGGAUUUACACGACGACGGGAAGACACUCAAGGUGAUACCUAUAACUGGAUGUGCAGGUGUUGGGAAGACAACAGCUGCCAGAGCUUUGUAUCACAGGUAUGGAGGGAAAUUUCAGUGCCGGGCUUUCGUAACUGUGUCACGAAAUCCAGAUAUGAGGGGAUUUCUCACCAGCAUACUCUCACAACUUAAAGCACCACGGUCCCAUGGUUUUCCUGAUGUGCCGGACCUUAUUGAUGCUAUCCGCAAACAUCUGCAACACAAAAGAUACAUCAUCGUAAUUGACGAUUUAUGGACUUCAUCUGUAUGGAAUAUUAUUAGCCGUGCUUUUCCACGUGGUGAUUAUUGCAGCAGAAUAAUAACAACCACACAAAUUGAUGAUGUAGCAUUGGCAUGCUGCAGUUAUAACCAAGUCGAUAUAUAUAAGAUGUUCCCUCUUAAGGAUCCUGAGUCUAGAAAGUUAUUCUUCAGUAUAGUGUUUGGCUCUGAAGAUGGAUGUCCAAUAGAUAUCAAAGAAGUUUCAUAUGAUAUUGUCCAGAAGUGUGCUGGUUUGCCAUUAGCAAUUGUAAAUAUAGCCAGUCUUUUAGCAAGCGAAUCAAACAUUGUAAGGGAGAGGUGGGAGCACAUACAAGAUUCUUUGCCGUCCACUUCCGGAGAGAUGAUGGAUGUUCUAAAUCUUCUGUACAAUAUACUUCCGCACCUUAUGUACAACAGCCUUCCACCCCGUUUGAGGACAUGCUUGCUAUAUUUCAGUAUGUAUUCAGAGGGCCAUGUGAUCAAGAAGGAUGAGUUGGUGAAGCUGUGGGCUGCUGAAGGUUUUAGCAGUGUUGUUAAAGGGCGAGACACACAAGAAAUUGUUGAGGGUUAUUUUGAUGAGCUUGUCAGCAGAGGUAUGGUCCAGGCCGUUGACACCAAUAAUAACGGCGAGGUGUUGACAUGUACAGUUCACCAGAUGGUUCUGGAUUUUAUCAGGCUCAAAUCCAUGGAAGAAAAUUUUGUCAUCCAUAUGGACCAUUACCAAUCAACCCUCACACUUCCUGAUAAAGUUCGCCGAUUAUCCAUCCAGUUUGGAGGGGUAAAAGGCGCAUAUAUACCGGAAAGCAUCGUAACAUCGCAAGUUCGAUCGCUUAUAUUUUGGGGUUUCUUCAAGUGUGUACCUUCCAUUGUGCACUGUGGACUUAUUCGUAUUCUGAUUCUUCAUAUUUGGGCUGAUGAAGACAACGAGAGUUUUGACCUCACUGGAAUCGGGGAGCUAGUUCUUCUGAAGUAUCUCGAGACUGAAUGUAAUAUCGCCGUUGAACUUCCAAAUAAAGACAACAUUCCAUGGCUGCAACAGUUGGAGACACUGCAAGUAGAUGCAAGAUUAUCUUGUGUUCCAUUCGAUAUUGUCAAUAUGAAGAGAUUGUUGCACCUGCGCCUUCCAAGCGAGUACAUUCUGCCCAGUGUAGUUGCUCAAAUGACAUCUCUUCGCACAUUGGGGUAUUUGAAUGUUAGCAGUCACACAGUAGGGGCUGUUUUACAUCUGGGAGAGCUGACCAAUCUUCAGCAUCUUCAGCUCACCUGUUCUAUGAUACAGCCAGCAGAAAUUGUUGAAAGGAAUGUGCAAUGCCUAGGCUCGCUUCUUGAGAAACUCAGUGCCUUGCAGUCCCUUACUCUGGUGCCGACUGCUUCAGUCUCCUAUUGUGUAAAUAUUCUCGAGGAUGGCUUCAGCAUAGUGUCUCCUCCUACUUUGGACCUGCCUCUUCGGAAGAUCAAGCUGUCACGGAGCUGUUGCAUCUUUGGCAGCCUGCCUAAGUGGUUUGAGGUGCUGAGGAACCUCUGCAUUCUAAACAUCGCAAUUAGGAGGCUGUCGAUGAAUGAUACUGACAUGCUGAAAGGACUGCCUGCUCUCGCUACCCUCACCCUAUAUAUACAGACAGCUCCUUCUGAAAGGAUCUUCAUCGACAAGGGAGGAUUCCAAGUACUCACCAACUUCAAGUUCGUUUGUGCUGUACCAUGCCUGUCCUUUCUGCCAGGAGCAAUGACUGAAGUCCAAAAGCUUAAGCUAGGCUUCAAUUCAAACCAGUGGAGACCAUAUACCUUUGAUAUUGUUGGCUUCAAUGACUUGACAGGCCUUAUAGAGGUCAGUGUGAAAUUUGGAAUUGGGGAUGAUGAAGAAUUCGACAUAAAAGCUGCAGAGUCUGCGUUGGAGGCUGCGAUUAUGUAUCACCCCAACACUCCUAUAGUCGUAGAUGUGAUUUCUUAUGUAGAGGAGAAUAAGAGUACACAGACUCAGGGCAAGAACAAAAUCAUGGGACGUUCGGAGGAAAUUCGGCAGGCGAUUAACAGAGACGAGAAAAAGAUCCACCACCACCACCUCCACUCGACCCGACCCACGCCCGGCAACCAUGACUCCUCGCCCACCGGCAACGGCGAGGUCGGCGCCUUCCAGCGGCUCGCUGCUGCCCUGCUGAUUGACCUUCUCCCAUCCUCCGAAGCCACCACCGCACCGCCAGAGAUCCUCUCCAUCGCCUGGACGGGACAGCUGAUCAACUCCUUCCUCAUCUGCCUCGAGGAGUUCCGCGCCAUGCUCCUUGGAUUUCCUUUCACCCGGCCCCCGCACAGCAACCUCGUCAACGACUUCUCCGAGCGUACCGUCAUAGCGCUCGACCUCUGCAACGCGCUGCGCGGCGGUGUCGACCUGCUCAGCCAAUGCCGCAAGCACCUCGCCAUCACUGCUGCUGCGCUCGCCUCCACCCCGGGCGCCCCGCUUGGGGAGGGGCAGAUUCGCCGCGCCCGCAAAGCGCUCACCGAACUCACCAUCCUCAUGCUAGAGGACAAUGAAGCCAACGGCGGCCAGCGGAACCGCUCAUUCGGCCGGGCCUGCAACAGUAUGGACGAUGGGGGGCAGCAGAAGGACCGCGGCCACCACCGCAGCAGCAGCGGCUCCCACUUCAGGUCUCUCUCGUCGAGUGUGUCCCGGUCCUGCUCCGCCUCGCGCCAGCUACGAGCCAUCGUGGGCCACCUGCCGAUGCACCGCGCGAACGAUGCGACCCGACAAUUCGCCGCCGCGGUGUACACCAUGGGUAUUAUGCUCUUCAUCACGACCUGGGUGCUCGCCGCCGCCAUCCCCUGCCAGGACCGCAUCCUCCAGGUGCCCUUUGACGUGCCCAAUAACUUCCCCUGGUCCGGCCCCGUCAAGACGCUCUACGGCCGCAUCAUCGAGGAGUCCAAGAAGAAGGAACGGACGCACUCAUGCGGGCUGCUCAAGGAGAUACACCAGAUGGAGCGAUUGUCCCGUCAGCUCAUGGAGACCACAGACGUUGCGCAGUUCCCCUUGGGCGAGAAGAAGGAGGCCGAGAUGCGGGAGGCCGCAAAGGAACUGGUGGAGAUGUGCCAGACCCUCAAGGAUGGCCUUGACCCGCUUGAGCGACAGGUGCGUGAGAUGUUCCACCGGAUUGCGCACACCAGGACAGAAAUCAUGGACGCGGAUUUAUGA